CAGGUUCUCUUAUAAAAGCCCCAUUCUUUCCUCCUUGAAAACCAUCCCAGAUUCUUGCAACACAGGACUACAUCAGAGAAAAAGAGCUGAGACAGAAGGAACUUUGUGUGUUCUCUCUAAGGCCUCCUGUCCUUGAGUGACUCUAGAUUGCCUCUUCAAUCACCUACAGGACACAGACUCUCAUGGCGUUUUCUAGUAUGUACUGGAUGCUGCUGUGCCUGAUGCUACUAUCCCCGGUGCAAGGUGAGGACCCACGGAAGGACCUGCCUUCUCCAAGAAUCAGUUGUCCCAAUGGUGCCCAGGCCUAUUCCUCCCACUGCUAUGCCUUGUUUAAGACACCGAAAUCCUGGACAAAGGCAGAUUUGGCUUGUCAGAAGCGGCCUUCUGGCCACCUUGUGUCCGUGCUCACUGAAGCUGAGGCAUCCUUCGUGUCAUCUCUGGUGAAGAGUACUGUGAACAACUACCAAUACAUAUGGAUUGGACUCCAUGACCCUACACUGGGUCAAUCACCCAAUGGAGAUGGAUGGGAGUGGAGUAAUUCUGAUGUGUUAAACUUCUUCAACUGGGAUAGGAAUCCUUCCACUGCCCCAGACCGUGGUUACUGUGGGAGCUUAUCAAGUAACUCAGGAUUUCUGAAAUGGAGAGAUGUUCAGUGUGAUGUGCAAUUGCCCUAUGUCUGCAAGUUCAAAGGAUAGGCAGGUGGGACCUCAGAAGCCAAGUUUCUUAAGAAUAUUGACUUGGACCAAAUGCAAAUCUCAACUGGAAUAACAUUUCUUCCCCAUAUCCCACACUGAUUUUCCAACCUCUUCCCUCCUCUCCAGCCUUCUUUCAAUCCUUUGCCUGUGUUAUUAUUGGUCAGAUGAUGGUCAGACAGAUGCAAUAAAAACUUUGUCAUUAUUUUUCAA